CAUGAACAGAGCACAUCACUGAUCAAUCAGCAGAUAUGUCUGACAAACCAGAUAUGGCGGAAAUCGAGAAAUUCGACAAGUCUAAGUUGAAAAAGACGGAAACGCAAGAGAAAAACCCACUGCUCAAAGAAACAAUUGUACAGGAGAAGCAAGCGGGUGAAUCGUAAUGAAACCGGCCCUUCCAAAUUAUGCACUGUACAU